AUCUUCUCCUCCGUUGGAUUGCGCACGGCAGAAGGGAAUUUCUAGGGUUUAGGCAGCGAGCGUGGUGGGGAGCGAUGGCUGCGGCGGGCGACGAGUCGGCGGCUGCCGCUGCGGCUGCGGCGGCGGCGGCGGGCGGUGCCGCCGCGGGGGAGGCGGCGGUUGACUCCAAGGACCUGCAGCAGCAGAGCAAGGCGCUGGACAAGCUCACCGACCGCGUCGAGGACCGCCAGCUCGAUUCCUCCCGCGUCCAAUCCGCUAUGGCAGCUCUUGCUUCUUCCAAAGAAGCUGAUUGGAAUGCCAUGAGAUUGAGGGAAAAAGAAUUAGCUGCCAUCAAGAUCAACCCUGCUGAUGUUGAAAUUAUCGCUAACGAGCUUGAGUUGGACAAGAAGAUUGCAGAGAGAACACUACGGGAGCACAAAGGCGAUGCUGUAGCUGCAGUCCGGUUCUUGCUUCGCUGAUUCUUACACAUUUUGCAAGAUCUAUACACCAUAUGAAGCAGCUGUAGUUUGCUAUUGCUUGCUGCUGAGAGGAAUUUCUGUAUCCACAAUGAAACGAUCAUAUUUGGCAUCUAUGUAGAACUUUUUUUCCAUGAUGUUGCAAACUGGUCUCUGUUGUCUUCUUGUAAAACUUGGUUCACUCAGGAGUUUAUUGCCGUUUAUCCAAGGUCUUUCUAUACCUUCUCAAGA